AUGGGAAGUGAUGACUCACAUGGUGUAGACAUGGAGGAUGUGUGCAAAGACAUUCCACGAUGGUGUCUAGAGAAGACCACACUAUUAAGCCGAGAGGAAAUUGAGGCCGUUAUGAAUAUGUACGAAGAGAACAAAGAAACAGAUAAGAAGAAGAAGAAUGAAAACAACAAUAACACAACAACAACAACAACUACUACUACUACACAAUCGCAAGAUGAUAUCAAAUCCCGCAUAGCUGAACUUCCAAUGUUUCUGCAAACAGAGGCACUUGUGCUGCGCCGCCAUGAACAUCAAUUCCGUCAAUGCAUGAAAGAACUUGUGGAGUUGUCGGAGUGUAUUGUAAUGGUCUGCGAUGGCACACUGCGGCAAUACACGCCCAUCGCCAAACAUCACAUCUUAACAUCGAACACAUCAACAACAACAGCAACAACAUCAACAUCCAUAGCUUCACUGCAGAGUAUGGUGGAGAAUGAUGCCCUGCAGCGGAUGUUAAGACGUGCGGAAGAACUUGAGAGAUGUGUGCGGGCCGCAGCGGUGGAACGUGUGCGGAGUGCGCAGCGAAUGGUGUUAGCAGCGACGGUGGCUAAACACAAAAACCGGGCAAAGCGGCGAUCCACCGCUGUUGUUAGUGGCGAUGGUGUAAAGAAGAGCAAAAUAUACAAAAUGAGUGGAAGAGGGAAGAGAGAAGAAUAA